AUGUCUAGCUACGCUGAGAAAGCUGCAAAGAAAGGUCCUUUGGGCGAAGAGAUUGCCGUUGAUGAGCAGAAAGUUAACGAGGAUCUUAGGGAGGCAAAAGCAAAGAUUGUUGAUAAGUUGGAUAGCGCUAAGGAGAAGGCACAUCUGGCCCUUGAAAAUGUUGAUAAAGAAGAUAUCCAUCGCAAGAUUGAUGACGCUGAGAAUGCCAUUAUCAAGUUUAUCAAGUCCAUAGGUAGCGGGUUUAGCCACUAUGCUAACUUGACGGCUAAGAAGGCCGGAAGCGCCACCUGUACUGCCAAAGAGGAGUUAAAGAACCCUGUUGUUGCUUCCCAGGCCAUUAUCGCUACCGGUGCACUUAUUGGGGGGAUAUAUGCCUACCAAGAGCGCUUUAGACUCAAGAAGAUUCCAGAAGACGUGUUGUGUGUUUAUGCUUCGGUGUUGACCGCGGUAGUGCUAUUGGAUGGGAUCACCUUCAAGAAGUUGUACCCAAAAUACAAGAAGAAGUAA